AUGUACUACACCCUGGCAAUCGUCUGCCUGGCGUUCUUCUGCGCAUGGGCACUGGCGUGGCUGCGCACGCGCCGGGCGCGCGCCUGUUUCGCCGGCCUGCCGUCCUACCCGGCCCUGCCUAUAGUGGGCAACGCGCUACGGCUUGCCACUAGCACUGAGGCCAUCUACCGCAUGAUACUACACUUGUCGGAGAAAAGCGAUGUGGAGCAAAAGCCUUUCAUCUUUUGGUUCGGGCCUAUACCUGUCAUAGUCGUAAGCGACCCCGACUCUGUGAAACAAGUGACCAACACGUUCAUUGAGAAGUCGUUCUUCUACAAAAUCGGCCGCAUAUGGAUUGGCGAUGGACUCGUUACGGCCACUGGAUCAGUAUGGAAGAAGAACAUAAAGAAGCUAGCCGGCACCUUCGUGGGCCCCAUAGUGGACGGGUACCAGGACGUGUUCAACGCGCAAGCGCACAAGCUGGUGGGCAGGUUGAAGGCCGAGGCGGGGAAGGGGCCGUUCGACAUCAUGGAGAAAUACCUGGCUUUUGCUACGCUGGAGACUAUUUGCCAAACAGCACUCGGUUUCCCAAGCUCCGAACAGCUUGUGACCACAGAGUACUACCAGGCCUUCGGCAGAACUUUGGAACUGCUGAUCGCGAGGGGCAUCAACCUACUCAUGCAUCCAGACUGGGUCUAUCAGAGGACGCCCAUGUAUAAGGAACUGGUGAAGUGUGUGGAGAUACUGCAUAAUGUUUCAAACACGGUAAUAGCCAGGAAAAGGAAUGAAAUUACAGCCAUGAAACAGAACGGAACCUUAAAACAACCAAAUAUCGAAGACGGCCAAACAAAGUUCCGUUCGUUCCUCGACAUUAUCCUCGAGCUAAGCGAAGCUGAUCCAUCCAUGACCGACGACUAUAUCCGUGCUGAGGUGGACACCAUUAUAGUGGGUGGACAGGAAACUACAGCCACCACACUGAUGUAUUCGAUCCUGAUGAUUGGUAGGCAUCCAAGGGUGCAGGAGAAGCUUUAUGCUGAACUGCAAUCAAUAUUCGGGGACAGCAAACGGCCAGUUGAGAAGCAAGACUUGGCACGUAUGACGUACUGUGAGGCCGUCAUCUCAGAAAGUCUACGGCUGCAUCCGCCCUUGCCGAUGGUGGCACGAGAGGCGACACACGAUCUCAAGCUAAAGCAGUGCACGAUCCCAAAAGGCACGUCAUGCAUUAUAAACGCCAUCGGCGCCGGCCGCUCCAAAAACAACUGGGGUCCUGAUGCUUUGGAGUUCAAACCAGAACGAUGGCUCAACGGCUCAGUGAUACCUGCUGCAGCUUUUCUGCCAUUUAGUUAUGGAAAGAGAUCGUGUAUCGGUAAAAGAUACGCCAUGACCCUCUUAAAAACACUUCUAGCGUAUUCUCUUAGAGAGUUAGAAUUCGUUUCCGAAGAAGCAGAACUGAAAUUUAAAGUGGACAUCGCUCUAAGGCCCGCGAGUGGCCAUUUUGUAGAAGUGCGACUUAGGAAGUAACGAUAUGAUGAAAUUAAAUAUACCUCUAUGACAUAUAAUUUAGAAGGGUCUGGUUGGAGUUACUGCUGGCUUAGCGUCUCUCCAAACCUACCGACGUAGAAUCGGCUUUGUCGACC